GCCCCUGCAAGCUCGUUGCAAAGUUCCGAGGACGUGCCUGGGCCAGGUCACCCUCUCGAAGUCGCAGAGAUCAAGCCUUACGGAGAGCUACCUCCCUCGAUGUCUGCGGCCUCCUCACCGAAGGUGCCAGCUAUUGCCCGGCUGCUUGGGCAAGGAGGCUCGGAUCAGGAUCUUACCGACGCUGACGUUGCACGGAAGGUUUCUUUUCUGGAGGGCCAGCUUCGUCGAUACUGCGCAGAGAGAGAUUCACUGGAGACGGCUCUGCGCAAGCUUCCUUCCAACUCCACGGGGAAGAGCGUAGCCGAGCGCCGGCGCAUUGGCGAGAUGCAGCAGCGGCUUGCGGAUGUGGAGAGGACCAUGGUGGAGAUGAAAACCGGCCUGCGUCGUUUGAGACAG